UAAGGGCGGCGGGCGGGCGGGGCGGCGGCGGCAGCGGGCCGGCAGCAGCACCGGCGGCACCAUGACGGCCAACGGCACCGCGGAGCCGGUGCAGAUCCAGUUCGGGCUCAUCAACUGCAGCAACAAGUACCUGACGGCGGAGGCCUUCGGCUUCAAGGUGAACGCCUCGGCCGCCAGCAUGAAGAAGAAGCAGAUCUGGACGCUGGAGCAGGACGGGGAGGACUCCAGCGCCGUGCUGCUCAAGAGCCACCUGGGCCGCUACCUGGCCGCCGACAAGGACGGGCGGGUGAGCUGCGACAGCGAGGAGCCGGGCCCCGACUGCCGCUUCCUCGUGGUGGCUCACGGCGACGGGCGCUGGUCGCUGCAGUCGGAGCCGCACCGGCGCUUCUUCGGCGGCACCGAGGACCGGCUCUCCUGCUUCGCCCCCGCCGUCUCGGCCGCCGAGAAGUGGAGCGUGCACCUGGCCAUGCACCCGCAGGCCAACCUCUACAGCCUGGCCCGCAAGCGCUACGCGCACCUGGGCCCGCGCCGCGACGAGCUGGCCGUGGACCGCGACGUGCCCUGGGGCGUGGACGCGCUCAUCACGCUGCUCUUCGUGGAGCAGCGCUACAGCCUGCAGAGCUGCGACCACCGCCUGCUGCGCCGCGACGGCCGCCUGGUCGCCGCCGCCGAGCCCGGCACCGCCUUCACCCUCGAGUUCCGCUGCGGCAAGGUGGCCUUCCGCGACGGCGAGGGCCGCUACCUGGCGCCCUCGGGGCCCAGCGGCACCCUCAAGGCGGGCAAGAGCGCCAAGGUGGGCAAGGACGAGCUCUUCGCCCUCGAGCAGAGCUGCCCGCAGGUCGUGCUGCGCGCCGGCAACGACCGCAACGUCUCCACCCGGCAAGGGAUGGACCUCUCCGCCAACCAGGACGAGGAGGGCGACCAGGAGACCUACCAGCUGGAGAUCAACAAGGACACCAAGAAGUGCGCCUUCAGGACCUACACCGGGAAGUACUGGACCCUCACCUCCAACGGGGGCAUCCAGUCCACAGCCUCCACAAAGAACGCGAGCUGCUACUUCGACAUCGAGUGGUGCGACAAGCGCAUCACCCUGAAGGCCGCCAACGGCAAGUACGUGACGGCGAAGAAGAACGGGCAGCUGGCGGCCUCCAUGGAGACGGCGGGUGAGACCGAGUACUUCGUGAUGAAGCUCAUCAACAGGCCCAUCAUCGUCCUCCGCGGGGAGCACGGCUUCAUCGGCUGCCGCAAGGUGACCGGCACCCUGGACUCCAACCGCUCCUCCUACGACGUCUUUCAGCUGGAGUUCAACGACGGCGCGUACAACAUCAAAGAUGCCACCGGCAAGUACUGGAUGGUGGGGAGCGAGUCGUCCGUCACCAGCAGCAGCGAUACGCCCGUGGACUUCUUUUUUGAGUUCUGCGACUACAACAAAGUGGCUAUCAAAAUCAAUGGCAAAUACCUGAAGGGCGACCAUGCCGGUGUCCUCAAGGCAUCCGCCGACGCCAUUGACGCCUCUACCCUCUGGGAAUAUUAAUGCACUUUAGCGUACCUCCCAUUGCCAACCUUUCUUUCCCCCGUCUUUUUCGUUUCUCCUCCCCGUACAAGGGUUUUCAGACCGGCUUGCCCUUCCCUCCCGCCGUAGAAUCGUUGUGGUGGAGGUGGGUCUCCCUUAAGCUCUCUAAGAACUGGAUAAAUUGACCUGGAGAAGGUGGUGCAGCCUGCCUAUAGAUUUGUAGAGGCGUCUUUCUCUCUCCCCCGCCUCCUUCCAGGCUCGCGCGCCUUGGAAGCUCCCUGCCGUACCCCGGCCCGGCCCCGAGCAUCGCCCGAGUAGUUUUUUUUUCCUCUCCUGUAUUGAAAAAGGGAAUAAGGUCACCUCUGUGCUCUCGUAGCCAUAUCAGUGCUGGCAGCGUCUCGCUCGGUCCUGCCAGCGUCCCUGCGGCCACCCGGCGCAGCUUAAAGCUGGACAAUCUCCCGGAGGACCCGUCCUGCCUAGCAUCCCUCCGAGCAAGGGAGGCCAGGGACUGUGCUAGACUAAACCCUGGCUCCGGGAAGGCAGCUUCUCGCCUCUCUUGGCUUUUAAAGACCUUUCUGUCCCCAGCCGAGGCAUGAGAGGUGACCUUACAUAUCAAAACGUCCCCGGGAUGGGGCUGGCGCAUGCCGGCAGGCGUCCUGUCCGUAGGGAUAGCAAGCGCAACUCCCACAGCCGUACAGGUGAUGUACCGAGAAACUAUUUUAGGGUGAUGCUGUCUGGAAAGCCUCAGACCUUCAUCUCUCUGGAGUCCCGCGCUCCUUUUAAAUGGGGUUGUCCCUCUGCCCCGUCUAUGCUUCUAGCUGCUGCAGGAGCAUCUCAGACCCCGUCGGGGGGGUUCAGCAGCAGCCCAAGGCAGCUUCCCCGGUCCCCAGGGCUCAUCGCACGGCUGUGCCUGGAGAGGGACCAAAACCGCGUUGGGAAGGGCGGUCUGGGUUCGAUCCAGCCCCCUCCGGCGCCGGGAGCCUUUUGUCCCCAGAGCCCGGGGGCCGCGGGAGCCCGGCCGGCAGAGACCACCAUCCCCGGGCGGUGGCUGGAAGCACAAACUGCAGAUUUUGGUUUACAGAAUAGAAAAGUUUGUAGCAAACUUUGCACAGUGAUAUUUGUUCAGUACCUUUUUUUUUUCCUCAUAACCUACUGGAACGGCGAAGCUGGUCGCCGAACGCCUAGCGCCGAGUUACGGCUUGCCCGUCGCUCUAGCUCGGCUCCGCCGCCCCCCCGGCCGUGCGACGCGAGGGGGCAGCUGCCUGGUCCCACCGGCCCGAGGGGCACCUCUGCUUUGAUAGCACGUCAUCUCAACAUUACUGGAAGCAGAAAAAUGACCAAAACAGUAUUUUUGUUAGUUCUCUAUUUAUAUAUGCUCGCCAUGGCACUGUGUUACCAGCUGUUGUCUGUAAUAGGUCUGCAUUAGCGUGAAACGUGAACGUUUGUAAUGGGUGAUGCUAAAGUGUUCUUGAGGGUGUAGAAAGGCACUUUAUCCUUUGGGGCCUUCCCGGCGGGGGGGUUUGCUCCCGGCAGAGGCUUCCCGCGGGAGCCGGUGCUUCGCCUCGGCCGCGCGCCCGAACGCGCACGCGGGGCUCGCAAGCCUUAACGCCAUCCCGCCGCCGCAGGGCUGCCUGCGCGGGAGCUCGGUGCUACGCUGGCCGCGCCGCGCGCCCGGACCUUCCCCGCGAGGGGAGGGCGAUAACUCAGCGACGGGGCCCCGGCGGUCAGCGGGGACCCCGGCCCCGGCGGUGCGACUCUACCUCGGCUCUAGCUCCCGCGCCCGGGGCUCGGCUUCGCUCGGGCGGUCGGACCGCGACCGGCCGCGCGGGGACCCAGGUGCCUCUCAAAGGAACGAGCGUCUUGGCGAAACCCUGCGUGACCCUGUGGCUCGGCACACACUUUCCGCUGGCCUUCACGCCCACCGCGUCUCCUCUCCUCCCGCCCCUCGUCGCAGUUCGAACCAUGUAACUCCUGCUCUGGCUUCUUCCAUGUGAUGCUAGGUCAAGAAUUUCUCCUGUCUCCUCUUUUAUCGGGUGUCGUGACUCUCUGAAAACAUCUCACUCUGAAGUUAAGUUUUGGGUUUGGUUUUGUUUUUUUUUUAAAUUUUUUUUGUAAGUGCCAUUUGUAUAACUUAAAAAUAGCUUCAAAUGGAGAAAGAUGAAUAAAAACCUGCAUUCGGA